GUGGUACUACACUAGGGUACAAUAAGAAACGGAGCGUAUAUUAGGUUCUCUAUUCUUCAACGGAUCCUUAUUUGUUCGUCAGUUCCCUCCCCUAUCUCCAGGAGGGUUUGAUUUUUCAUCCUCACCAUUCUCCUCCAUCACUUUCUCGCGAAAUUCCAUUCACAAUCGUCACCUUCUCUUUCGCAUUCUCGCUUUAAUUCUAUUUCGUUUACACUACGAAAAACCAUUGAAGUUUCGGAUUUAGGGUUUCUUUAUAUUUUUUCGUCCGUUUACCGUGUUUGUUUGCGAUCGGAGAUGGGGAGCAUAGAUCGUUCCGAUGUCAGGACGUUCAAGACCAAUUUCACCGCCGAGGGAGUGACGGUUUUGAGGGAAAAAUUGAACGAGAAACUGAAGGAGUUGAUGGGGAAUUACACUGACGAAACACUCGUGGAUUAUGUUAUUGUGUUACUGAGGAAUGGUAGGGGCAAAGAUCAUGCAAAGAAUAAGUUGAAUGUUUUUCUGGGGGAGGACAGUGAUUCUUUUGUAUCCUGGCUGUGGGAUCAUUUGGCUUUGAAUAUAGAUUUAUAUGUAGAAUCUAAAGGAUUGCAGGAUGAAGCUCCCAAAAGCAAGCUUAUAUCAAAGGUCCAAGCUGGAGAUGAUGGUUUUCAGAAUUUGAAUUCAAAAUCAGAAAGAGUAAAGUCUAGAAGUCGCCGUAACAAAGAUUGGAAAGGGUUAGUGUGUCGAGAAGCUGAAGCACCACCCCUGCAGAGCUUUGUGGUUGACAGUAUGCAUUUAGACAAAAAAGUCCAAUCUAAAGGCAACCGUGCUCCAAGGCCACGGCCACCAUCUCCUGCACCACCUGUUCAGAGGAAAAGGGGUUGUGCUUUUGAAGAGAAGAAGACUAAGAGGGAUUCAGUUUCACAAGUAACUGUUGAUGCUCCUCGACGUCUGCUUCAGUUUGCAGUGCGAGAUGCAGUGGCUACUUCCAGGCCAUCUAAUUUGGGCCCAUCAGUGGAGCCCUCUUUAAAGCGUCUCCGUUCUGUAGUUUCUUCAUCCUCUGUUGAGUCAUCUAUGGUUGAACAUCCUCACAGGAUGCAGACUAUUUCCAGAGUGGCAAACCCCAUGGCAACAUUGUUUAAGGCCGUGGAAGAAGCUGCUGAAGAUGUUGUAAAGUUAAAAUCCUCAGGAAGUAUAUUUGAUCGGAUUGGUUGUGACAUGUACCCAUCAUAUGGUCACAUGCAACUUGAAGAUAACCAAUAUCAGGAGCAAAGCCCAUUACUGUAUCACAAAGAAAAAGACUCUGGUGAUCAGUAUGCUGCAAAUAUGACAAUGUUGGAACAUGAAACUGGGUUUUCUUCCAAUUCUUCUUCAGACAAUGAAGGGUUUGAUGAUGUUAAUUUCACAGAUAAUAGGGUGGGUAGAGUUUCUCAGUUGAGUUCUUCUGGUGGAAAGAGGGGCAAGGAUUCACUGAUGGUGCACUAUAACGUAGCAAAAAAUGACAAUAAUAGAAUGCUUCUAAAAAAGAAUAGAAACCAGGAGCAAUCUGCUGCUGCACCCAACACUUCCAAGAUAGUGAAUAUUUCUGUUAAUGUAAAUGCUUGGAAUCCAUCAGUCCCAAGAUCUGACCUGAGAAUGGUGAAUGAGAAGAAUGCUAAAACGCAGAAAAUUGACAAUGGAAAAGUGAAACCUACUUUGAAUUUGCUGAAAGAGACUCAGAAGGCACAGCCAUCAACUCCCGGCACCGGUUCAAGUGCCACCAGUUGUCCGUUAUUUGAUGCUGAUUCUCGAACCAUUUUUGCCAGCAAUGUUCAUUUUGCUGCUAACAAAGAUGCCAUAUGUCGGCAUUUUAAUAAAUUUGGGGAAGUACUAAAAGCUGUUAUAGUUACUGAUUCAAUAACAGGGCAACCAAAAGGUGCAGCUUAUGUGGAGUUCAUGCAUAAAGAAGCAGCAGAUAGUGCAUUAUCAUUGGAUGGAACUUCCUUCAUGUCACGUAUUCUUAAGGUUGCGAGGAAAAGUACUGCACAACAUCAAGAUUAUGCUCCAGCUGUGCCAUGGCCACGUGGAGUUAAGGGACCUUCAUAUCCUUCUGCAAGUUUUCUCAGAUCCCCCAUUCCAAAAGGCAUUCCUGGGGCAUUUAGACCUAGGCCCCCAAUUAAAUUUGGUGCCAGGAGCUUGCAAUGGAAGCGGGGUGUCCAAGGCACUUCAUCAGGCAAUGGUGCAACUUUAAAUAACAGUAGUAUUUCUGCACCUGUCUCUCGAGGUCUCACCUAUGUCAGAGCAGAAUCUAAGCUAAAUGGAAAAGCUUGAGUAACAGGUAGUUUAGUUCUUCAAAAAAUAGUUGCUGACUAUUGUUGCAUCAGAGAAGCUUAAUGUGUCUGAUGGCCAAAAAACUGAAGAAAACAAACCUCUGAAUAUCAGAAGACACCUGAGGCCUAAUUUUUGGAAUUUUAUCAUCUUGAAGAUAUUUUAGUAUAUCUAGAUAUUCAAGCUAGUAAAUGAAGUUUAAUAGUGUCUGUUUUUCAUCUCUGGUUGUUGAAGCCACGGGUGAUAAGGACAUGAGCUUUGUUAGAAUGAAGAUGAAAUUGUUGGGAUCAGCGAUACUGUAGAAGAGAAGUUUCUGUGCGUUGAUCCUGCCAUGGUCUUUUUUUGUCGCUGGAUAGUCUUGUUUAAGCUGUAAGUAUUGCUAGGGAAAGAAAUAUUGGAGGGAAAAAGGAGAAAACUUACACGAGUAGCGUAUUAUUGCUUCAUUCAACUUCAUUGUGUACAUAGAUACUUUAUUCUUUCUAUGGUCCCAGUUUGUUCUUGCUGGUGUUA